GCAUGCGCGUUUACACACAUCACAAUUACAUCAGCAUUAUUGGGAUCUGAGAGAUGUCAAAGGUCAUUUACCCUACAACCAGUGACUGCAUUCACUCUGGUGGCAGCACGAGUGGAGUUAUGACAACAAGCACAGGUUACUUCAGCCUGGUUUGCCAUGGCAAACUACGACUAGUCCUGUGCUCUGGUCACUCAGCCUGGUUUGCCAUGGCAAACUAUAACUAGUACUGUGCCAUAUAACUAGCAUCCGCUGCGUGUCGUGGCCGCAUUACUACUCGUAACGUGUGCAUUAUUUUUCUGAUCCCCGAAUGCUGUGUCGUCCCAUUAUCCCUUACGUAAUGUGCAAAUCACAGUCUGUAACAUAUCUGUCUAUCUCAAUCCCCUUGUUUAUAGAGGGAAUGCACAAGUCUGGAUUUUCUAGAGUCAGUCCUGACUCUACCUGGCUUUUGGAAUCGUGUCUUCGUCAGUGUAAUAUUGUACAGUUUACCCAUUGUAAGAACAUCAUAUGCCACUUUAUGUCCCACAUGGUGAUCUUAUCAAUACAACACUCAAAGGUCCAUGCUAUGGCCUCACCUGGGCCCAGGAGUGAACUGAGGUGUGAGACGCAUUACUCAAUCUUGAAUUUCCCCUUGGGGAUCAAUAAAGUAUCUAUCUAUCUAGCAUUAACAUUUGUAAGAAUAAGUAUGGGGCCAGGCCUUUGAGAACCAUCCCAGUCAAAGUGGAGUUUUAAUGAUCAUACAGAACAAAAGGUGACCAGUCCUGAUAGAUUAGCAACCUAACUCAUUAAGGAGAUAGGAGGGACUUUUGAAAAGGAAUAUAUGCCAAGAGUUAGAAAAGCUCUGGAGUCUCUCAUGAAGGUUCACUCAAGAUCGGUGGCUAGAAGUACGUUCCGUCAUUGAUUUUUAUAUUGGAAUAAAGAUUGAAACUGCAUUAACCGAAGAAACAUCCUUUUUCCUAUGAAUAUCUUGUGUUUUACUUACAUCAGUCAUUGGUGGAGGCUAGAGCUCACCUCCCUCUGCUUUUUUUCUGUGAAGUUACAUAUCACUUAUUUGGUUUUUAUAUUAUCCAAAAUCCAAAACGCAGCUAUGUCAUGUUGAGUAUGAGGACCUAAGUAGGACAGCUUUGUCAAAGACAACACGUGUGAGUGCCGUGGUGGGGUUAAGGCAGGUCAUUUCAUGGGUGGAACCCUGCUCAGUUUAUUACCUAUAUAUUAUAUAUAUGUAUUACCUGGUGUCUGCCUAAUCAGGUGGCAUUUCUCAGUAAUGCUGCCUAUGGAUGAUUUACUUGUUGCACUUGAAGGGUGAGUGUGUGAAUGGCUGGAUUGGAUCCUUCUGUUGUGUAGGAAUGCAGAAGCUGGUGGUAAGCAGGCACGUGCCUUGGGGUGAACUCACAGUGGAGGCCGAGUCUGUGACACACCAAUGAAAAGUAGGUCAGAGGACUCUUGCACUGCAUGCUCCUGUGUUUGUGCUUACCGUGGAGGCCACAGAUAAAGGGCUUUUUUUUUUUUUUUUACAGACAGUCCAUUUUCCUCUGCUUGCACAUUUUUUGCACAGAACAGGAAAAGGCAAAGAAAAGAACACUGAGGAAAGCUGAGGUUCUCAACCUGUUCUUCCUUUUUCUCUCAUGGCCAUAUUCUCUUUCCAUUACUGGCGCGCACACUCACUCAACCCUAUUUAAACAAGUGGAAGUGAGAGUCAUUCUGAACACAGACUAGCAGAGGGGUGGGUGGUCCAAAUCUUUCAUUUCCAGACAGGGGUGGAGGAGAUGGUAAUGAUACAUUAAAGACCCUGCACUUAGCAAACACACAGAGCUAUAGUUAUACCCCCAAUUUGCAACUAAAAUAGGACACAGAUGCACUGGAUGGCCGUCUAUUAGAGGUGUUUUUCCCUAUUGAAUAUGGGGGAGGGUAGAAUGGUGGAGCUGGUAUUCUUUGGAAACAGUCACAAUACAAUAUCUGCCCAUAUGUGCAUGUGAGAUCCACAGUUCAGUUCAUCGGGGUGUUCUGCAAAAGAUGAGGUCUGAACCAAGAUUAGAUUAGAGACUAGUCUCCCCUCCUUUAAAAAGUAAUCACGGAGGGAGGAGCGUUUGCAGAGCACGAAAGUGUACGUCACCCAGCCGCCCGAGCUGUGGUUUUGACCGGUCUUUAAAGCUCUGCGUACUAUAUUUGUUCCUAGAAACAGGCGAAGGGAGGCAGGGAGAGGAGCGCAAACCCGUGCAAUGAGGUCCUGAUGGGAGACGUCGAAAGCAUAUCUUGUGAGUUGCCAUUGAAGUGGCACUCUGCUACAUCUGGGAGGACAUAACCCCACCAGGCUAUACUGCAUGCACAGAUUUUAGCCACCGAGGGGAAAUUUGAAAAGACGCCUUACUGACUCAGGUUAACAAAGUGAAGGCGCAAGAAAUUAAAGAAUAACAAGUAGUGCCUAGAGCAACCAAAGAGUGCAGUGAACCCCAUGCAAUCAUGCGGGAUUCUGUUUUCAAUUGCUGUUUUACUCCACCGCAUCCUUCAGCCGCUGAGGUUGAGCUGCCAGCGCACCGCCAUCGUCGUGGAAACAUGGCUGAGGCUCCCUUGCCCAACGACCGCCGGUUCCUGAUCUUCUUCGACUUCGACGAGACGCUGGUGGAUGAGACCAGCGAUGACAUGGUGGUGCAGGCCGCCCCUGGAGGGGUGCUCCCCGGGUGGCUGAAGGACACCUACAGGCCCAACCACUACAACGAGUACAUGCAGCGCGUGCUGGCCUACCUGGCCGAGCAGGGCGUCUCCGAGGCAACCAUGCGCUCCAUCAUCGAGAAGAUCCCGGCCUGCCCGGGGAUCCCGGCGCUCCUGCGAUUCCUCCAGUCUCGUCCGCCGCGGGACUUCGAGGUCGUGUGCGUGUCCGACGCCAACACCUACUUCAUCGAGUCGUGGCUGACACGCGCCGGCUUCCGACCGCUAUUCCUGCGCGUCUUUACCAACCCCGCUCAGUUCGAUCGCGAUGGCCAGCUGCAGCUCAGGCCCUACCACUCCCAUGAGUGCCAGCGCUGUCCGAGCAACUUCUGCAAGGCCGUGGUGGUGCGCGAGUACAUAACCAGACGCAUCCGGGAGAGGGGAGGCCGACCGUUCCAGCGGGUCUUCUAUGUCGGCGACGGGGCCAAUGACUUCUGCCCGUCCUUGACGCUGUCGCCGCGGGAUACCGUUUUCCCGCGCCGGGAUUUCCCAAUGCACCGACUCAUCCAAGAGAUGGCUGAAGCUCAGCCAGGGAAGUUCAGGGCCAACGUGGUGACUUGGGCCAGUGGGGAAGAUGUGAUCAAUACGCUCAGGAAGGUAGUAGAGGAGAGGGGGUAGCAAGGCCUGUAGCCUUGGACACACACACACACACACACACAAGCACACACACACAGACACAAGCACACACUGACACUCACAGACACCCUCAACACACUGCACUACACAGAUCACACUACACAACAAAUUAAUGCCAACUCCUCACAACCUAAACCCAUUAACUCAAUAUUUCAAAGAUACAAGUAAUCAGCCUCGCUGCCAGGCAUCUCGAUAAUAGUUUCAUGUGCAGCUGAAUGAAGGUUGAGCAAACAGUGUAUUGCAGGGAUUACAAGCUGCUUCGGUUACUUGCAGCAUUUUACUGGUGCUCUUAUGAGGUGUUUAUCCAAGCAGAAACAGAUUGUUGCUAGGCAAAUUAAUAUAACCUUUAGGCUUGAGAGAACACUGUCACUAAGCAAGCCCCUCUCAUCCUGAGAGUGUCUAUAUACAACAAUUGCUGUUGCGACCUAGGUUGUUAAUUAGUUUACACACAAUAAAUUGCCAGGUUAAUAUUAACCGAAACGCUGGCCAGUCCAACCUCUUGCCACAAGGAAAAUUUCAGUCACAUUAGAUGACCACUGUUCAGGUCAACAUUGAAGAUUCCGGAUGUCAUAGGGGAAGCUGUCAAUCAACAUAAGUCUUAAAAUUAGCCUACCAAUGUGUACUUUACUAAUGUCUAUAUGUCAGAGAGUACAUGAGCCAAUACAAAUCAGUUGAGGAACAAUAACAUCAUGCUGUUUAACCAAUUAAGAUACAACAACCAGCAAUUCUUUGGAAUAUGUGGAAAAUGGGAUUUUCUAAUAAUAAGCCUCCCAGACUGUCCCAGUUUUGUUUUAUUAAUGCCUGGCAUUUGAACACACAUUUAUGAGUUGUUGUUUGGAUGAUCUACAGAAGUGGUUAAUGCUAGAUGUUACUUGUGAAAACAUGUAUUGUGCCUUUGAAUUGUCUCUGGCUGCCUGUCAGUCUAGCUGUUCGUUUAGCUUUGCAUGUUUGUAUUUGUCUUUUAGUUCUAUUGUGUUCGUCUGUCUUGUAUGUCUCUACUCAGGGUCUGUAUACAGCUGACCUCUUACCAACAGGAAUAAAGCCAUUCAAAAAA